AUGUCGAACCCGACCCCGGCCUUCUGGAGCGGCCCCCUGCGCUACAUCCGCUGGUCAGCCCGCGAGCGCCCCGCCUACCUCUGGUCCGUCUUCAUCGGCGGCGCCGGGCUCGCUAUGCUGGCCACCGUGCCCCCGAUCCAGAAGCGCCUCGGCUACGAGAGGGCCAAGCCCAUCCCCAUGACCUACCCUAUUCCCGCAGGCCCGAGGAAACAGCUGAGUGGAUACGAUGACUGA